UCCAGAUGUGGUCAUCAACACUUUUGACACAGAAGAGUUUCUGAAACUUCUGUUCACCAUCGGAAAGGGAGAUAGUGGCCAUGAAAGCAGUACACAACACCUGGCAAUGGGACUCAUAGCUCAGCUGUUGAAGAGUUCAUCCACUAGUUGUAAGAUUGCUGAUGCUGCCGUGGCUGGAGCUAUGGACCCUGAAGAACUGACAGCCUUAAAGGGUCCAGAUGGAGAGAGGACGGUCAGCUUUCUCUUCUCAUUUGGGGCAACCUGCAUGGAAAGGAGUGGUCUGGAGUGGGCCUGUUCCAUGGCUAACAUUCUCCAGGGUCUGGUCAAUGCUGUAGCCUGGAGAGACAGCCUACUCAGCCAUAUCACCAACAGUAUACAGAGUCUGAGGGAGAAAGAGGUGCUGGAUUUAUCAUCUAUAUUUGCCCUGUUUGUGAUAGCUGGGUUUCCAGAGGUGCUUUCAAUAGGCAACCAGGUGAAGUACAAUGAGAAUGGCACAGAGGCCAGGCUGGGAGUUGUCUUGAAACACUACCCUGAUAAACACAUGACACUGCUGAUAGAUACCAAGUCCAGGAAAAGACACUCCGUAAGUUUUAUAGAUUAUUUUGGAACUUUGAUAAGUUUUCAAUACACCACAUAUUAA